AGCUAGGAUAUCGAUAUCAUAUCGGGUUUAUCGAUCUCGUGCUUCCCUUAUCAUUCUCGGAAGAAUUUUCCUUCUGUCGAAACAACCAUUUUGUGUACACCCAACAAAGAGAUUAGAGAGUUAGAGAAAUGAGUAGGAAGCUGGUAACGCCAAAUUCAAAGAGAAGCAGCGUCUGGAAGCAUUUCGGCUUCGAAGUAGACGACUGUGGAGUACAGAUCGACAAGAAAACGGUUUGGUGUCGAGUGUGUGAUGCACGAGUAGCAUAUUCAGGUAACACGUCUAAUCUAUCCGCUCACAUAAAUAAAUGUCAAAAAAUAUCGAAAAACUCAGGAGAAAUUAAGAAACCUCGUAUGCCUAUUUUAGCUAAAUUACCAGCUAGCAGUAAACGUGCGAAAGACAUGACAAUUGCGAUUACAAACUUUAUUGUUAAAGACUUGCAUCCUAUCGAUAUUAUAAACGGUAAAGGCUUUAGAGAAAUGUUAGAGAUGGCUGCACCCGAAUAUACUAUACCCAAUGAAAAUAUGAUUUUUGAAAAUUUAAUAUCUAUGGCCGAAGAACAAAGAAAGGCUAUUUUAGAAACGUUGAAAUUAGUAGAUCACGUAUGUUUGACUAUCGAUUGUUGGGAGUCGGUAUCGAUGAGAAGUUAUUUGGAAGUGACUUGUCAUUUUAUAGAUUCUCAAUGGAAGAUGCAAUCGAUUAAUAUCGGAGCUAAAGAAUUGGUGGAUAAAUAUACGGCAGAAAAUAUUACCAACACUCUACAACAAUUCGAAGAAGAAUGGGGAUUAGUUGGAAAAGUUGUAGCGUAUGUUGUGGAAAAAUCUUCAAAAGUAACCGAAGCUGUCAACUUAUUGCCAUCUCCAUAUAUAAACUGUUGCGGUCACAGUUUGCAACAAGCUAUUUUAAAUGUUUUAAAUGGAAUAAAACCUGUUGCCGAUUUAAUAGGUAAAGGAAAGAUGAUAAUAGAAUAUUUUAUAUUUAAUGCGGAAGCUCGAAUUAAACUGGAAUCUGCCAUCGUUGAUUUAUUGAAAAUUCAAAACGUUGCGAGACGUUGGCAUUCGAUCUUAGAUAUGUUAAAAUUUUUGAAAUUAAAUAAAAAUGUAAUAAAUCUCAUUGUCUCGGCGAAUUUCAAAACAAAAAAUUUAGUACUUAACGAUACAGACAUGAUAAAAAUUGAAUACAUCAUUUCUGUUUUGGAAAUAAUGGCGGAAGCAGUUACAUACCUUGGUGAUCAAAACUAUGUUUGUGCAUCUGUUGUUCUCCCUAUCUUGCGAAAUGUUAUGAAAUCGUUAUGUUCUCAAAGCGACGAUCCUGAUUAUAUUAAAGAUUUGAAACAAAGUUUAUCGACGGAACUUAUGUUUAAACAGUGGACGAAAAAUUCGACAUUAAUCAAAACUUCAGCGCUUGAUCCGCGAUUCAAAGCAUUAAAAUUUUUACCAAUGGAAAAAGGAGAUCACACAUGGGUGGAACUUCAAUUAGAAUUUGAUAAUUCAAAUAUUAAAUUGGAAAAUAUUGAAGAAUCGGCGAAUGAUUUUGUUGUUCAACCUCCUAAGAAAAAAAGACGUUUUCUUGAUGAUAGCGACGACGAAAAUGAUUCUUUCUUAACAGAAACAGUAAAAGAAGUUGAUCUUUAUAAAAAUGAAAGAAAAACGGACGAAGAACCUCUAGAUUGGUGGAAAAUCCAUCAACACAUUUACCCAAAUUUGGCUAAAUUGGCUAGACGUUAUUUGUGUGUGACUGCUACAAAUAUUCCAUGUGAUAGGAUAUUUAAUGCACCUGGAAAUCCAAUAGUUGAAAAGAGAGCUCGUUUGACAGAUUCCAUGAUCAAUACAAUCAUAUUUGUUAACGGAUAUCUUAUGAAAAAUAUUUAAAAUAAUUCUACAUUAUGUUUUAAUGACAAUCCUUUUAUUGGAAAUAUUUUAAUAUUCAGUAAACAAU